AUGCUUCGAACCAUCGAUCAUUCGCGACGACACCUUACCGACCCCUUACCGACUGCGCUACGCCAGCAUGUCGCUAUGAACGUGUUCGCGAACGAAUGCUCCGAAUGCAUCGCUGUUGAGGAGGCCUCCUGUCAGAGGUUAGUCAACAACGAUUCACCACCUCAUGGUCUCGUGGAGGUGACCCUGGAUGUCGCACUGCGUCAAGUCUUCCAAACUGAGAAGGACUUAGACAGCUCUGACGGCUCGGACCUCCACAUAAGAUGGAAUGUACACCGCCUCAGUUCCCUGCACACUGUUUAUCACAAUCUCAGGUUGUUCAAGACGUUUUUGAUUCUGAAAAUGAAAGAAAGAUCGUCGGCGGACAUGGGAAUCGCCUUAUCACAUGCCUGUGGUUCUGUUCACCGUCUUCUUCGUGCAAAAGGCUUGGCCACACGAAGGGAAAGAUCAUUUGCUAUUGAUAACGCUGGGGGAAAGAAGUCAUAUACGACGAUUGCAUCCUCGGGGACUCCUUGGCCCAAGGUGGUAGCCAUAUCCCGUAGAAGUGGACCCAAAUUUGGACUACGAGAUGGUGUCCAAAAGGACUGCGUGACUGCGUGGAACGUGCAUGACAAGCUUGGAACGAUUUCUGAAAUCCAUCAAGGAAUUGUUGGAGUAUCUUUCGAAGCACAGACAGAAGAAGAUUCUGGAAUCAACGCAUUGCGGGACAAGUAUAUAAAAGUGCCGCAGGGACCUCCACAAGUAUGUAAUAUUCCGCUUAUGACCUUGCUGAGCGAAGAAGGAAUCGCACCUAUAUUUGUCAUGAGAUGGAUCGUUGCAGAGAGGUUCUACUUGGACCUUUUCCGUUUGUCAACUUUUGUGUCAACUCCGAUCACUUCCACUGGUGAAGUUCCACCACAUAUUCUCCAUUCAGAAGUACUAGUCGCUAUCAAGAACAUGAAACCUGGCAGAGCUCCCGAACCUGAUUUAAUAUGA